GUUCCUUCCACACAGUUUUCACUUUCUUCUAAACCCAAAACCACUCUCUCUCUCUCUCUCUUUCUUUUUCACACACACAAACCAAGCUAUAAACCAGAUCAACCCUACCUCAAGAGUACCGUGAAGUUUGAGUUGUGGUGUUUGAGAAAUGAAGGAUUUGAGCAUAUGAGAGAUCAACUUGUUAGGUAUAUGGAGAAGAAGGAGAUGGCUGUGAAGACUGAGGAUGCGGUUGGGUCCUCUUCUUUCCCUUGUUAUAAUUCAAACGUGUAUCCAUUUUCUAGUGCCUUUGAUUUCCCUGAGGUCGAAAAGAACUCUUUAGGGUUUAUGGAGUUACUGGGUGUGCAGGACUACAGUCCUCUGCUUGAGUUACCUCAACUUUCAACUUUGUCUGUGCCUCAUCACUCCACAGUUAAGCUUGCAUCUGAUAACGUGAAAGAGUGUUCCGAGGUGUUGAACCAACUACCUGCCACUCCAAACUCUUCUUCCAUUUCAUCUGCAUCCAGUGAUGCAGUCAAUGAUGAACAGAAUAAGACUCUAGACCAAGCAGAAGAAGAUGAAGAAGAAGAAGAAGGACAGCAAAAGACUAAGAAACAGUUGAAGCCGAAGAAGACAAAUCAGAAGAGACAGAGAGAACCAAGAUUCGCGUUCAUGACGAAAAGCGAGGUCGAUCAUCUGGAAGAUGGGUACAGAUGGAGAAAGUACGGUCAAAAGGCCGUGAAAAACAGCCCCUUUCCCAGGAGCUACUAUCGUUGCACCAGUGUUUCAUGUAAUGUGAAGAAGCGCGUGGAACGAUCUUUCACUGAUCCAAGCGUUGUGGUGACAACCUAUGAAGGCCAACACACACAUCCAAGCCCAGUUAUGCCACGCUCAGGUGUCUCCGCUGGAUACGCUACCAACUUUGGUUCGGUUUUCCCACCAGGAAACUACUUAUCGCAGUAUCAACACCAGCACCACAACCAUCAACAACAACAACUUUUCAACACAUUGUCCUCUUUGAGUUUCCCUUAUAAUGAUUCUUCUGCAAAGAACGCUGGUUUUACCCAAGAGAGACGACUUUGUAAUCCUGGGACGAAUGCAUUUCUAAGGGACCAUGGGCUUCUUCAAGAUGUUGUUCCUUCACACAUGUUGAAAGAAGAGUAGAGCUGAUAUAACCUCAUUACUCCUGCUUCUAUGUGAUUUAUUUUUUGCUGACUUUUUUCCUAUGGGACUUAGCUGAGAACUUCAGUGCUGGUACAUGUAAUUUUUCUUCCUGACCGGUGGUAAUAUUAGUGAUCAUCAUCAUAUAUACUUGUAAAACCCGUUUUAUCUUUUUGCAUAUAGCCCAUCGUGAUUAUGGCUGUAACAUGUUGGGAUUAUGAUCUAAUGCAGGGACUACUUCUAGUUAUUUUGCUUCGA